AUGAAUCGUGAAUUGGAUGACAACGAGUUAUCAGAUCCGCCGAAUAGUAAUCAUACGAAAAAACAAAGUUCAAUAUACGUCGUUCCUGAUGGCGGGUGGGGUUGGGUUGUUGUCUUUGCAUCUUUUAUGAUUCACUUUAUUAUGGACGGAAUUACAUACUCAAUGGGUGAUAUUUAUUUGGAACCAAUGUUAACAAGUUUACGUUACAACCGUGGUCACGUCUCAAUCGUUUUUGCUUUCUUGGAAUCAAUUACUUUAGCCGCAGCACCUAUUUCAACUGUAUUUACAAAUACAUUUGGUUCUCGAAGAAUUACCAUCAUCGGCGGGAUCUUAGCGUCGUUUGGUUUUUUUCUUAGUCGAUGGUGGACUAAUGUGUAUUGUUAUUAUAUUACGAUCGGUUUGAUCGCAGGUAUCGGCUGUGGUCUUAUGUAUUUGCCAGCUAUCGUCUCUGUUGGAUAUUACUUUGAGCGCAAACGUUCGUUUGCAAUAGGUAUUGCAGAUUGUGGAUCAGGUUUAGGAACCGUUGCGUUUCCAUUUUUCAUACCUUGGGUGAUGGAACGAUUCUUUUCGAAUGAUUAUAAAGGUGCCCUUCUAUUCGAAUCAGCAUUGCUAUUUAUGUGUGCGAUUUUCGGUCUUCUCAUGGUCCCCCUUCCCAUCGAAUUAAGUGAACAACGUCGUGCACGAAUGAAACUACGUGAAGAAGCAAAACGACAAGCUAUGAAGGCAGUAGCUUCGCAGAAAAAUGAUAAAGCAAAUCAAGUACUGGUAGACCAGCAAAGUUUGCCAUUUCUUGACGCGCCACUGAACAAAAACUCAAAUGACUAUCGACGUUCAUCUUACGAUCGCCGUUACACGUCACCAUCAUUUCUGCAUGCUUUACCCGAAAGUCCAAGUGGCAGUACAAGUAGCGAACACGCUUGGAAGUCGUUGUCACAAUUAUCAACAACACAACUUCGAUCGAUAGAAGCGAUACGAAACAAUGUUUUAUAUAAGGGAAGUCUACGUCGAGUGUCUUUACCCAACCCGGUGAAUGAUGCUGAUCCUUAUAAAGACAGAACUGCUCAGACGAAUAAGCUAAGAAGUGAAGAAAUACGAAAAGUUACAAUAACCUCCUACCAUGAUGAGGAAUCGGAAUCAAUUAUAAGACAGUUGUUAGCACAACUUAAUCUAAAACUUCUGCAAAAUCAUGCAUUUGCUCUGUUCACCUUAUCGAACUUCCUGUCCAGUCUGGGCUUUUUCGUUCCGUAUAAUUUCGCCCAUGACCUUGCUAAAGAUUCUCGAGUCGAAGAAAGCCAUAGGAAGUUUGUCAUUAUGGCUAUUGGUUUUUCAACUUGUUUCGGCCAUAUUAUUAUCGGCUAUUUAGCAGAUCGAAAAUGGGUCAACCGUUUAAUCCUCUAUAACAUAACCUUAAUCAUAGCCGGUAUUGCAACGAUUCUUGCUCCAUACAGUGGCUCUCAUAUACUUCCGCAUAUACUUUAUGCUUCGCUUUUCGGUUUCUUUUCUGGUGGUUAUAUCGGCUUAACAUCAGUUAUUACCGUUGAUCUUGUUGGUUUAUAUAAACUAUCCAACGGAAUGGGUAUAAUUCUACUUUUUCAGGGUAUUGCAACUGCUAUCGGAACACCUGUAGCUGGUAAAUUGAUCGAUCUGUUGAUUUCACUCGUUUCUAUUCAUUUGUGUUUAGGUGCAAUGCGCGAUGCAUUCGAAUCACAUUCGAAUCCAUUUCUUUGGUCUUACUUGGUGUUCGGAGGAUUUGUAGUAAUAAGUGGUGUUAUUCUAUUUGCCAUUCCAGCGUUAAAUCGAAGACAAAAAGAUCUACAAACUAUAGCUAAUCAUCAAUCAAACAUGUUGAUAGUGACUUAA